AUGCUCAGCGUUCGAAAAUUAUGCCAAAAACUGCAUCAAUUGUUCCAAGACCGUUAUCCGUACAUUUGGUUCGUAUCCGUCUUUACGGCUGUCUUCACCGGCUUUUUACACUACGAACUCAAGCACAAUAGCCGUGAUCUGAUCUACUGGAAGGAGCUGCUCGACUACUGCUAUGAAUUGGAACAUUUUGCCCUCAUACUCAUUAUGAUUGUCGUGCUCAUCAAAGUCACCUUUCUGGCCUUCAUCAUCGUUAUGAAUUCGCGCUCGUUCACAUGGUUCGACGAACUCUCCCAACUGGAGGUGAAGAAACGCUAUGCCGACUUCUUAUUCAUUCGUCUGAUAGCUGAUAUCGACAAAAUCGAAUCGAAAUAUCUGCGUUGCGCCAAUGAGAAUGAAAUUGCAUCGCUGAAAAGCUUCAUACUGGCACAUGAGGAUAUGCGUAAGACGAUUGAUCAUUUCCGUAAAGAUGCGCGUAGACUGUUGACGCCGAAUGAGAUCGAGGUAUCGCUGCCGAUCGAUGAGGUAUACGGCCUGAUGGAUGAUGAAGAGCGUUUGAUGCGCCGCUCACGUUUCUAUCAUAUGGACAUUUCGGCAGAUGAUGAGCUAAUCAAGUCAUUGGUGAAUCCGUAAUUUAAUUUUUGUGAAGCUUUCUUUAUUUUAGGGUUAAUUUGCUUUUAUUGG